AGAGUUGUCGUUCGUACUUCACGAUAGCCUGUUGGAGAUUCGAUUCGUAGAAAAUAAAACGAAACAAGAAAACUGUCGACUUAGGGAAAUUAUUUCUAGUAAAGAAGAAUGUACUAUACCACCUUGUCGGUUAAACACAGGGACGAGAUGUAGCGGUGUGUUGUAGAGUCCAGACAGUGACUGGUUGUUCACAUACCGUGAGGAAUGGCAUACAAUGUACCAAGAGAAAUUUUAGUUCAAAAAUCUUCGAAGUCAAGUUCACCACAAGAAUGCUUAAAAUACAUCGCUUCUAUUCUCCCGACCCUGGAGAAUUACAUUCAGAGAAGUGUAUCCGGACCUCCAGCGUGCUCGGAAGAGGAUGUUUGUAUAAUGAAAACAAUUUUCAAAGCCUUGAACUGUCCAUCAGACCGCGAAUUAAUUGUGGAGGUGCUGAACGUAUUCAGAGAGACCCAGGCAGUUGACUAUUUGAUAAGACUGCUGAGCACGUUAGAGGGGGACUCCUGUACAGAAGAAAGCAUGGACAUCAUCACUACCGUAGUGGAAAUACUGGAUCAACUACAAUCGUGUAUGCCCAGUUCCUCACUGCAGUUACAAGGCUUGCUCUUUGUCCUGGAAGACACAGCCGAGAAGAUCAAAUCAUCCAAAAAACUUAAACAGAGAAUUUCUUCCAUAAAAGAUACUAUACAUAGGUCGAUAAAUGCCCAGAAACGGAAAAUUGUUGCAACGGAAAAUGUUGAUAGGCGCAAACCGCCCGGGGACUUUAGGAGAAUACCCAUAUAUCCGAGAAGAGACGAUAUAUUUCCCGAACAGAAACCUUUCCUGCGAAAAGUGAUCACAGAUGGUCGCUAUGAUGAUUUAGAGCACUAUUUGGACGUCCAGUUUAGACUCUUUAGAGAAGAUUGUAUAGCCCAACUCAGAAUGGGUGUACAAGAGUACAGACAAGAAUAUGAAGACGGAAACCACCCUAGGCGUCUUGAAAAUGCCCGGAUUUAUGAUGAUGUUAGAAUUUUAUUUAGGGAAACGUCUUUGGAUGGAAUCCUACAUGUCGCACAGCUUUCAAAGAAAACUUAUGAAAAUAUUGACUGGAGCAGUACAAAGAGACUUAUUCAUGGCACUCUUGUUUGCCUGUCAUUUGAUCAUUUUGAAACAUUUGCAUUUGCAACCAUAUUUGCGGCAGAAUCGGACAUUUUAAGAGUCCGAGGAAUAUUCAAAAUUAAGAUUGUCUCAGAAAGUAUUGCAUUAAAAGGGAACAUAUUGGGAUGUCUGUGUAAGAUAAUAGAAAGUACAGCUCUUUUUGAAGCCUAUAAAUAUGGGUUAGAAAAGCUAAAAAACACAAGACCAGGACAACUGGCUUUUGAGAAAUAUUUUGUGAGGUGCGAGACAAACAUUGGAAAAGCGGACUACAUGGAAAAGGAUCAAAUGUAUGACCUGUCACCAAUCAUCAACAACUGUCCGGUAAAAAUCGGCAAUGUACACCGACAUCAAGAAUUCAAACGAUUGUCGGACACAACCAACUGGCCCUCUACUGAUGAACUUCACAUGAAUCCCUCUCAGUAUGAGGCGUUUAAAUCUGCGUUAACAAAGGAAUUCUGUAUUAUUCAGGGCCCCCCAGGCACAGGGAAAUCUUAUCUAGGACUUCAAAUUGUCAAAACUUUACUGGCAAACACUUCCUGCUGGUCUGCUGGUACAAUUAGUCCAAUAAUACUGGUUUGUUUCACCAACCACGCAUUGGACCAAUUUUUAGAAAAUAUAUUAUGUUCUGUUGAUCAAUCAUAUAGGGAUAAGAUUGUUCGAGUCGGCGGUCGGAGUAAAAUUGAAACUAUUGAAGCCAUUUCACUUAGGAAAAGGAGCGAGAGAACCUACAGAAAGAACAGGUUGAAUAAUUUACAUAUUCUACAGAAAGGGAUUUCCAAAUAUUCAGAAAUGAUAAAUCGAAUUCCUUUUACCAUUGUUGAUCAUGUCAACUUGGGAAUGCGCAUUGCACUACCGAGUGGACAGUUCUCGCUAAAGGAUGAAAAAUCGAUGUUCAGAUGGUUAAAUGUUGAUAAGAGGGGGAUCCUAGACUCGGCGGAAAGGAACGAGUGGAAUGGAAACAAUCUGAAUGUUUUGGAAUGUAUUAAGCAAGAAAAAGAGAUGCGCAGAAAUGUAUAUGAAGAUGCAUAUUAUGACCUUACAUCAAGCGUAGAACCGAGUGAAUUUCCUGAUUUGAGAAUUGAAGAAUCCCCAAAUGUGCAGUUUGGGAUGAAUAUUCUUGCGGUAUGGCGUAGUUUAUCGAACGAACGAAACACAGAUCUUCGAGACAAGAUUAAAUGCGAAAUUGACAAUAUCCUAGGAGAGAUGAAUUCAGGCGAUGACAUUUCUGAUAUUGAGGCUGCACUGUACGAAGACCAGAAUUUGUGGAACCUUUCCAUUCCGAACAGAUGGAAAUUAUACAGACACUGGAAAAAUAAAUUUUGCAGAAGUAUAAUGACCAAAAUUGAGAUAUUUAAAGCAUAUCAGGAUGAUAUACUAGAAGAUUACAAAGACGAAAAAUUUAUAAAUGAAUUCAGGGUUCUUAAUAGGGCUUCCCUUAUUGCGAUGACCACAACAGGAGCUGCAAAGUACCAUAUGAUGUUACAACUACUUCAACCUCGCAUUACAAUAAUUGACGAAGCAGCAGAAGUGUUAGAGGCACACAUUUUGGCUUCACUCACGUCCUCGUGUCAACAUUUAAUACUCAUAGGCGAUCACAAGCAGCUUGAGCCAAAGCCUGCAGUUUACGAACUUGCUCAGAAGUAUCACAUGUCUCUAUCAUUCUUUGAAAGGAUGAUUCGUAAUGGAGUACCCUAUCACUGUUUGUUGAAACAACAUAGAAUGAGGCCAGAUAUUUCCAUAUUAGUGAAGGAAAUUUAUCCAGGUCUCCAUGAUGCUGAAAACGUGGGAAAAUAUGAACAUGUUGGUGGAGUAGAAAAAGACAUUUUCUUCUUGAAUCACGAUUUCAAAGAAAUCUAUCAAGACGAGGGGAGAAGUUAUGUAAAUGUGUUUGAAGCUGAAUUCACUACACGUAUGUGCGAGUAUUUACUUUACCAGGGCUACGAGGCUUCUCAAAUUACAAUACUGACACCAUAUUCAGGGCAGGUGCGAUGUCUGUCCAAAUUUGUGAACACUAAAAUGAGAGAUGUACGAAUCAGCAUAGUCGACAACUACCAAGGGGAGGAAAAUGACAUUGUUUUAUUGUCCAUGGUUAGAAGUAAUGAUACUGGGAAAUUAGGGUUUUUGGAUAAGGAGAAUAGAGUGUGUGUUGCUUUGUCAAGGGCAAGGAUAGGUCUGUUUGUAGUUGGAAAUUUUGAUAUGAUGUGCACGUAUGCGAAGAAAACGCAAUUUUGGAACACUGUAGUUAAAACUCUAAAAGAGAAAGGCUGUUUUGGAACAGAACUUUCUCUUUUUUGUCAGAAUCACCCGAAGCGUCAAAUUCAAGCGAAAAAUGCAUCCGACUUUGAUAGUUGUCCAGAAGGAGGGUGUCAGGUCAAGUGUGAUGCCAGACUACUAUGCGGACACGCUUGCAGAAGAUUCUGCCAUCCAGAAGACCAAAACCACAAGUCAUACAUCUGCUAUGUACAGUGUCUUUCUACAUGUUCUUCUGGACACACUUGUGACCAACUUUGUCAUUUUCCAGACCCAUGUAAUUGUAAAGUAUUUGUGCCUAAAGCGUUUAAAUGUGGGCAUGUCAACGAAAUAGAAUGCUAUCGGGACCCCAACGAAGAACAAUGUGAUAAGAUUAUUACGAAGCAUUUCAGAAACUGUGGACAUAGUAUAGAAAUUCCUUGUCAUGCCCCAGUAAAUAACUAUACGUGUGAAGAAAUAGUUGAACGUAAACUCUUAUGUGGACACACAGCCAGAGUUCAGUGUCACACAAAAUUUUCAAGAGUAGAGUGUUCCGAGCUUAUGGAAAAGAUAUGGUCAUGCGGCCAUUCAGCCCAAAUACAAUGCAGGAAUUUCAAUUUAGCACGUUGUCAAGAAGAAGUUGUUAGAAUGCUCGAGUGUGGUCAUGAAAAUUGGAUGAAAUGUCAUGUGGAUCCCGAAUAUUUCGACUGUAAGCAUAUCGUUGAAAAAUUCUUUUUGAAAUGUGGACAUGCAAAACAAGUUCCAUGUCAUCAAGAUGUAGAAAAAGAGUUAUGCACCGAAGUUUUGGUUUUGAAACGAGAAUGUGGACAUGAAGAUAAGUGUCUGUGUUCUGAAAUGAAAACAAACAGAAAGAAGAAAUGUGAACAUAUAUGUGGUCGAACAUGUGAAAGGGACCACAAAUGUAGAAGACCAUGUCACUUUCCAGAGGACUGUAACUGUAGACAAUCAGUACAAAAACAAAUUCCCGAGUGUGGACACUUUGCUACUGUGGAUUGCUUUCAAGACCCCAAUGAAUUUCCAUGCACUGAAUUAAUCUGCAAAGAGGUUCCUUCAUGUGGUCACCUUGUGGAGGUAGAAUGCUCCAACACAAUGGAGAACUUCAAAUGCGUGGAAGAAAUUGAAAAAUAUCGAGAAAUGUGUGGUCAUUAUACAAUUACAGAAUGUUAUAAAGACCCCGAGUCAUCUUUCUGUACUGCAUUAGUUUCAAAAAGACUAGGUUGUGGCCAUGAUUGCAAGGUAAUGUGUGGGGAAGAAUUUUUUGAAAUUCAAUGCAUGGAGAAUGUAACCAAAUCUGUUCCGUGUGGACAUGAAAUCAAGGUGGUUUGCUAUGAUAAAGACCGAGAAAAUCUUCUUUGUUCGACAAAAUUAGAAUAUAUUCUAGAAUGUGGACAUUUCAUUACGAUUUGUUGUUAUGAGUAUCAAAUGGAUGAAAUUCGUGACAAUAUAAAGUGCAGUUCUUUUGUUGAAACAGAAUUGUCUUGUGGCCAUUUCAGUACUGUGCCCUGUAGCUUGUCACAUACUAAACAAAUAUGUUCUUCUUUGUGCGAAAGUACACUAUCCUGUGGGCAUGCAUGCACAGCUUCCUGUGAAACUUGUCAGAAACGUGGUUAUCACGAAAGAUGCACACAGUGUUGUAACAUGCAGUUGCUUUGUGGUCACAAAUGUAAUAGUGAAUUGUGCGAGAGUUGUGAAGUCUGUAACAGAGAAUGCGAACAAUUUUGUGACCAUAAACGUUGUGGAAAACGUUGUUUUGAAAUUUGCGAUUUGUGCAUAUUACCAUGCAGCUGGAAAUGUCCUCAUUAUCAAUGUUCGUUACUAUGCCAUGAAAUCUGUGACCGACCUCGCUGCUCUUUGCCGUGCCCAAAGAAGUUAAAGUGCCAUCAUAAGUGCCUAGGUUUUUGCGGUGAACCCUGCCCACCGCAUUGCUCUCAAUGUGAUUCAUAUAUAUUGGAAGAAACAGUUAUCAAACUAGAAGGGAAAUCAUGCUUAGUGUACCUCCCAGAUUGCAAACAUUUCUUCGAAUCAAGUGUACUAGAUGAUUUCAUAACUCAAAUGAAACCACACGAAUCCCUGAAAUGUCUCUCCUGUCCAAAAUGUAGCACACCGAUCACAUGGCAUCCGAGGUACAAUAAAGUCAUAAAACUACAAAGGAAAAGAAUCAACUUAUCAAAAGCCAUCACUGUAUACCUAACAGAAUCCAAAUCUUGGGAAUUUCUUCCAUUAUUUUGUCCAAGCCUUUUGACAUGUCAGGAAUAUAUCGAAAACUGUAGGCAAUAUUCAUUCUCAGUGGGUGGGAGUGUGUCGGAGAACUGUAUGACUGCACUCAUUGAUCAAGUUUCUGAUCACAUUGACACAAUACGGAAUGCAAUGAGACCAUCAUUUGAUCAGUAUAAAUCAGUUUAUGAUGCCAUUCGCAGAAUAUCACAACAGUGGCAGAUGAUUAUAGAAGAAGACAAUCCACAUACCGAAAGAACAAACGAAUAUGACAGCUUCGUUGAGGAGUAUUGCAACCAGAAUCAGGAAUCCAGUGAUGUCGUUAAUGUGGGCCAUAAUUCGGCAUUGAUGGAUAGAGCAUCUUCUUUACCAAAUAUUACAUUAAUGGCGGAUCCACAUAUGGAAAAUUGGAAAGUGUGCAAGGAAGGGCACCCGUAUUGCUCUAUAUCGAAUCACGGCAUCUGCGUUAUUUGUGAUAAAGAGGAGGAUAUUCGGUAUGGCAAAAGGCUUAGGGAGUAUUUAUCCUCUAUUUCUACAAUAGACCUUAUUGCAGAAUGUAAAAUACCAACAAGGAAAUCUAAAGAAAGGGGCUUGGGCAUGGAAAGUAUGGGUGCACUAUCAAAAGAUGAUAAACCGGUGUAUGAUGUGGAAAGCACAGGUGCACGACCUAAAGACUUGCAAAGAAAUGUACCAGGGGGCCAGGGUGAUAGAAAACCUGAGGCUAAACCAGAAAGUGCUAAACCUAGAAAGGGGGAAAAGUCUAGAGAAAAAACAGUGCCAAAAUGGAAAAAGAAACCGUCGAAAAAGUGGUGGGAGGAAAAACUGUAAAUUCCACUUUUGCAUUAAUAGUGAUUUAUUUUCAGCAUAUUAGCGAUGCAUGUUUUUAUAACAAGCAUGCUCAUUUUAUGUGACGGGCGAGACUGUCUCACAUUUUUUAAUAUGAAAUUUACAGCAACAAAAUAUAUUGGCUACUGUAGACAAAACAUUAAUUCCCAGUAAUGCCAAUGGUUUUUAUGUUCCAAAAUCGAAGAUUGAGGUCGAGGGGAUGCGGUGGUAACAUUGUUUUUGUUGUGUCCAUAUGUAUGCAACAUUUUAACCUUAGAACUUUUGAACCGUAAGAAGCUGCAUAAAUCUGGGUUCGAACCGUGUUUGCUGUCAAAGAAAUGUAAAAUUUACACGCUACCAAUUUUGAUACACCUGAUGCGCAUUUCGACAAAUGUCUCUUCAGUGAUGCUGAAGCCGAAAUUUUGGAAAUCCGAAAUAACAAUAAACUUGUAAGAGCCAUAAGGAAAAGGAAUAUAGAUUUCUCGUUUCUUAGUAAUAUCUCGAGAAGCCUUUGAACCUGGAUACUCAUAUUUUUACCAUAUUCUUACCUUAUUUGUGAACUUUGGGAUUACGAAUUCAUAGAUGUUGCCGUUUGCUAAAAAAUAGAUAUUUGGUUUCUCAACGUUAACUUGAUAAUUCUUUGGACUUAGGUGUUCAUAUUUGCACUAUGGGUUGGUCUGUUUUAAAGAUCGAGUCCUCUGUAACUAAAAUAUGCAUGAGAAGCACCUUGAAUUGGAUAUUCAUAUUGAUAUUUGCACUAUUGGUUGUUGUAAUGAAAAUUUUGUCUGGGAUUUUCGAGGUCUAAUUGCGUUUAGCCUCUGUUGCAAAAAAUAUACAUAUUUGCUUGCUCAGCAAUGACUUGAGAGGGCUGUUCAUAUAUCACCAUUAGUUUCAAUGAAAAGGUAUCAAGAAUACAAAUACGUGGCCUUUGUUACUAAAUAGAUAUUCGUUUCUCGGCAAUAGCUCGAGUUGGUAUAGGCUUGUAAAGGGAGAAAACGCCGUACAAUUUCAGAAAAUUGGUUUUGCACAUACAUGUGUAACCAACAGGAUAUGUCAGAUAAGUCUCAAAGUCCAAAGGUAGGGGAUUCUGGUAUGACGCGUGCGUGUGGAGUUACGAGAUUGAUCAUCAUCAGAUAACGAACAGUGGUCAAUCUCGUAACUCCCACAAUGAAUACAAAAUAAAGAGUUGAGCAAACACGGACCCCUGGAUAUACCAGAGGUGGGAUCAGGUGCCUAGGAGGAGUAAGCAUACCCUGUCGACCGUUCACACCCACCCUGAGCGCUAUGCCUUGAUCAGGUAAACGGAAUAAUCCGUCGUCAAAAUCAGAGUGCUAAGAACAAAAUACAACGUAAAUCAUGUGUCAUAUACUUAAUAGGAGUUUUUGUGGAUAGUGUAUUUUCUGGUGGAACAAAUCGUUGAUGGUAUUAUUAAAAAAACAAAUCAACGCCUGAUAUUUUUAUACAGGAACAAAUCAUGCCUGUCUCUUCUGUCCAUGAAAACGUUUUGUAAUGCUUUAAUUCAGUGUCCUAUUGACUGGUACGAAGGCUUGACAAUUAAGCUUAAAACAAACUACAGGUUAUCUAAAACAAGGUUAUUAGAUUUAAUUCAGAUUUUCUCCCCGAAGUAGUAUCAAUGCCACAGUAUUUGAAGAACUGGGGUACAUGUAUUUGAACAUUCGAAAUAGAGAAAAAACAAUUUCGACUGAAUCACGUCUUUGAUAUUUUUCAUGAUAGUGUCCAGAUUAUUUUUAGAAGAAACUUACUCUUCCAAUUACAUCGAGUAAGUUAAAUUUCUUUGUAGCAAGGGUUGAGAAAAUGGAAUUCGAAACUUUCUAUUAUAACGGCAUCAAUGAUUGGAACUCUCUUCCUGAUCAAAUCAAAUGUAUAAACAAUAAAAUUUCAAAUCAGAAGUUUGAAAAAAUAUUUACUCAAUGAAAUGAAGAAAAUGUCAGAUGGUGACUAUUUGUAUUAUUGACCUCGGUACAUACAAUAGUUAUUAUUUAUGGUUCUGCAUUCAAGAAAUUAUCAGUACUGUUGUCUUUAAGUUCGGAUUAAAACAUUACAAGGUUUUUCACUUUGAAUGUCUUUCAUCCUUUUUUCGUCUUCUCAAUAAUCACUCUCUUUGUUGUUAUUAUAAUGUAUUGUGUGUGUCAUUUCAUAAGAUUAAAAGGACCCCUUGAAAAUGAGCCAAGUGGCUUCCAUGGGUGAUCUUUGUCAUAGGCCUAUACAUGUACGUUAUAUCCAUCAUAUUUAAAAAUUCAAAUAGUUAAAAUCAUUUUCCUUUGUACAUUAUGUAUUGUACAAUAUCUCUCGUUUUAAAUGCAUGUCUCUCUGUAAUAUUUUCUUGUAUAUACAUGUAUACCUAUUCUAAAAUAAACAAUGGAGAAAAUUCGAA